CCGGCCCCGCCUCCCCCGAGCUUCAGGCUUGUCCAAGCGUUAAGGCACGAGCCAGUAACCUGGCCCUGUGACCGUGACCGUGAUCGGAGACUGAGCGCUAGCAGGAAGGCCAUGCUGAAGCACUGCAGCGGGCGCCUGGGUGCCCUGCUGGGCAGCCUGCGCGGGGGUCUUCAAGGUCCAGCCUGGGGAAGCGUCCGGGGCAUCUCGUCCUGCAUUGACCCUUCCUUGGGCCUUGAUGAUGUGCAGAAGGAGUUCCAGAAAGUGGCCUUUGACUUUGCCUCCCAGGAGAUGGCCCCACAAAUGGCAGAAUGGGACCAGAAGGAGUUUUUCCCAGUGGAGACCAUGAGGAAAGCAGCGCAGUUGGGCUUUGGUGGCAUCUAUGUUCGGUCUGAUGUGGGCGGCUCAGAGCUCUCUCGGCUCGAUGCCUCCAUCAUAUUCGAGGCCUUGGCUACAGGUUGCACCAGCACCACGGCCUACAUAAGCAUCCACAACAUGUGUGUCUGGAUGAUCGACUCCUUUGGAAAUGAAGAACAGAGGCACAAAUUCUGCCCACCACUCUGCUCUAUGGAGAAGCUUGCUUCCUACUGUCUGACUGAACCAGGAAGCGGGAGUGAUGCUGCAUCCCUUAUGACCUUAGCCAAACGGCAAGGGGAUCAUUACAUCCUUAAUGGCUCCAAGGCUUUCAUCAGUGGUGGUGGUGAAUCAGACAUCUAUGUGGUCAUGUGCCGGACUGGAGGACCAGGCCCUAAAGGGAUCUCCUGCCUGAUCAUUGAAAAGGGGACCCCGGGCCUCAGCUUUGGGAAGAAAGAGAAGAAGGUAGGGUGGAACUCCCAGCCAACAAGAUCUGUGAUCCUCGAAGACUGUGCUGUACCUGUGGCCAACAGGAUUGGAAAUGAGGGACAAGGUUUCCUUAUUGCCAUGAAAGGACUGAAUGGAGGGAGGAUCAAUGUUGCCUCCUGCUCCCUUGGAGCUGCUCAUGCUUCACUCAUCUUGGCCCGAGACCACCUCAAUAUACGGAAGCAGUUUGGAGAACCCCUGGCCAACAACCAGUACUUGCAGUUCAAACUGGCUGACAUGGCAACCCGGCUGGUGGCUUCCCGGCUAAUGAUCCGUAAUGCAGCAGUGGCCUUGCAGGAGGAUCGAGAAGAUGCCGUGGCCCUCUGCUCUAUGGCCAAACUCUUCACUACAGAUGAGUGCUUCACAAUAUGCAACCAGGCCUUGCAGAUGCAUGGUGGCUAUGGCUACUUGAAGGAUUAUGCUGUUCAGCAGUAUGUACGGGACUCUAGGGUCCACCAGAUCUUGGAAGGUAGCAAUGAAGUAAUGAGGAUGCUUAUCUCACGGAACUUGCUUCAGGAAUAACACCAGGAGUGGUGUUUUCCAGGCCCAGUUCUUGCUUGUGCAGUCUCCUGUCCAGUAUUGAGGUUAAAUUACAAGAGAAAUCCUACAAGAAGCUGGACCAUCACAGGCAGGACACUCACUUCUGGGUACGAUUUGGCCUGAGCCCUAUGAAGUGCACCUUUGGUAUUACAAUGGUGUCCUGAGGAUACAGACAGGAAUAGGGCUGGCAGUCUGGAUCAGAAAAUUCGCAAGAAGAAAUUGCUUUGUCAUGCCAGUUUAUUUACUGUCCACUGUUGAAGACUCUCAGUGGUGUGGGUUAGAACCCACUCCACAGCCAAUGCACUUUACUAGCACCACAUUGCCUUAAGCUACCUACAUUUCACCCAUAUAACAUGCACUUAACAGUUCAUCUUUCCAUAGCACCUUAUGGGUAUUUUCCCAGAAAUCAUCUGGGAGGUGGAUAGGGCAAGUAUUUUCCCUAUUUUACAUAUAAGAAAAUGAAGGCUCAAAGUAAAGUGACUUGUCCAAGGUUACACAAGCUGGUUGGAACUGGAAUUUGUAACUAGUUGUGCUGACUCUAAGCCCAGUGCUCUUUUCACCAUAUAGCUAUAUAUUCUUCUUCCAGGAACCUGGACACUCCCAUUAUGUCUUUCAGCUAAAGAAAGCAAAGAUGUGGGGAAGAUGAGACUGAGGGGAAAAUCUUACUGUUUUUAAAACAAAUUUGUGCCUCAGCCAAAACCCACACAAUUCUCCAAUAGGCACUCCUUUUGCUGCGCUCCAAAACAGUCUUUUUUUCCUUUUUUUUGGCAGGGAAAUGAUGGUUAAGUGACUUGCCCAGGGUCACACAGCCAGUAAGUAUCAACUGUCUGAGGCCAGAUUUGAACUCAGGUCCUCCUGAAUCCAGGGCCAGUGCUUUAUUCACUGCACCACUCAGCUGCCCCUCCAAAACAGUCUUUGAAUUGUAUCAUGCUAGCUAGAUCUAGAGCAGGGCAGCUUUGUGGCUAAGUGGAUGGAGUACUGGGUCAGGAAUUAGGAAGACCUGAGUUCAAAUCUGGCCUCAGACAACUAGCUGUGUGAUCCUGGGCAAGUCAUUUAACUUCUGUUUGCCUUAAUCCACUGGAAAAUGAAAUGGCAAACCAUUCCAGUAUUUUUUUCCAAGAAGACCCCAUAUGUGGUCAUAAAAAUUUGGAUAUGAGUGAUCAACAACCAUAGAUCUGAGCAUUUACCUAGGUUUAGGUCAAAUAAAUCUUUGAAAAAUCCUGCUCCUGAGCAAUGAUUGGGGUAUGUCCACUAUUUAUGCCUUUCCCAUAGAUCAGGUGUGAUUUGCUGGAACAUAGAUUAAUUUGUUUUUCUUGUAUCAAUAAAAUCAUGUAGAUGAGGGUGUA